AUGGCCUUCCGCGGAUCCUUUUUACUCUCCCUCGCCGCACUAUUCACCGCCGGAGCUCAAUCAACGACAAUAUUUUUCACAAACAACUGCCCAUACACGACAUGGCCAGCAACCCUAACCGGCGGCGGCGCACCACAGCUCUCCACCACCGGCUUCGAGCUCCCUUCCGGCCAAUCCUCCACCCUCGAGGUCCCUCCCAACUGGACCAGCGGCCGAAUGUGGGGAAGGACCGGGUGCACCACCAACUCCACCACCGGCAAAUUUUCCUGCAUCACCGGCGACUGCGCCUCCAGCCAGAUCGAGUGCAACGGCGCGGGAGCCAUCCCUCCCGCAACCCUCAUCGAGUUCACCCUCAACGGCAGCGGCGGGCUCGACUUCUAUGACGUCAGCCUCGUCGACGGGUUCAACCUGCCCGUCUCGGUCCAGCCGCUAGGGAGCCACAGCUGUAACGCCACGAGCUGCGCGGCCAACGUGAAUGAGGCAUGCCCGCCGGAGCUUGCCGCGACGGGGACAGACGGGAGCGUGAUGGGGUGCAGGAGCGCGUGCUUGGCGCUGAACCAGCCGCAGUACUGCUGCAGUGGGGAUUUUAACACGCCGGAGAAGUGCCCGCCGACGGGGUACUCGAAGUUGUUUAAGGAUCGGUGCCCUCAGGCUUAUAGCUAUGCUUAUGAUGAUGGGACCAGCACGUUCACGUGUCCUACCGGCGACAAUUACUUGGUCACGUUUUGUCCUUGA